CGCUUAUUUUGUUAUCGCGCGCUCGCGACUAUCCUAACCUUGAAGCGGAGUAGCGAGUAUCACGCGCGAUCGCGAGAAGCGAGGGGAUCGAGAGAGUGUAUCGAAAUAGAUUUUUGCAACGCCGAAAGUGAAUAUUUUCGUUAGAUCGAAUGGCCGUUUGCGUUGAGAGGUAUAUUAAUUUUUCCAACCGAAGGUAAAUCACCCUCCGGAUGAUUUAUGAUCCAGGCGUUGCCUGUAUCGUGUAAAAGUGAACCGUCAACAAACGGUUAAAAAAUGAAGAAGUGACAACGAACUGCAGUAGCGCGGAAAUUCGUGUAUCUCUCACAGUCAUCACGCGUAACGCAUUUUGCAUACACGGUUCGUCCGGGACUCGUCCGCGUAGAACGAUGCUGGACGCGCGUCGCGGCGCUUCUUCCCGACGAGUAUUUGUGGGUUAACGCGCGAUGUGCGAGGUAUCGAAGGGUCAGCGCAGGACCUUCCGCGACCAGGAUCCGCCACGAAUAUGCAACAAGAGCGCGGAGAAUCUGCUGCGAGACGAGCUCGAGUUCUCGCGCUCGACCCCGAGCUCGCCGACGACCCUCCAGCGCGCCGCUAGCCUCGAGAAGUGCUUCAGCGAGCCGGAGUUCUUCCAGAAGCAGCGCGAGCUGCUCUCGAAGCACGAGCAACGCUCGAGGGAGAAGGACGGCGGUGAGGAGAACGUUACCCCCGUUCUUGCACGUAGCGCGGACGACGGUCCCGGAAGUGCGACCGCUGCGAGAAGCACCGAGGAUCUCCUUCUGCGGGAACUCGCCGCCAAAGUGCCUUCCCCCUGCAAAGAAACGAACGAGGUGAUUACUAACGGUCUCAAGUGCGACUCGGACGACGGCGACGGUUUGACAAACGGAAGAAAAAUGGCACCGGUUCUAGGCGUACCGCCCCCGCCACCGGCUCCUCAUAUGGGACCAGACGGCUUGAUCUUGCCGAGGAAACCGUAUAAUCCAUGCCUUAUCUCCACUAAUCAUAAGGAUCUUCACAGAGAAUUACUCUUUAACCAGAAAAUUGGCAAGAACGUCUUGAAUCAGAAGAGCGAGUUACAACGUGCUCUGGAAAGACACAGAGAAGCUGCUUCGAGAAGAGAAGCCGAGAGGAUCAGAGAAGAGAAUUACAAGGAUGAUCCUAGAACCGCCUUGCAAAGAGCGAUUGAACAAAGAGCGAGACACAUACAAUUAACGCAAGAGCAAUCGCAGACGACGAUCGAGCCGUCAAACAAUCUCUUGAUAACGGCGAGGGCGAAGCUGAGAUCCCGCACCGAGUCCCAGUGAAUCCACAGUGAAGAUAUCGGAUCGAUGAUACGGGCCGUGAGACAGUGUUGCGCCCGACUGAGAAGGAUCGAUCGAUCCACUCGGACGGUAUGCAAUUUCAUAUUUCGACUCAUUAUCGAUCGCGAUAAGUGUACAUAUGCAUAAUCCUGAUAAGAUUUCGCUGGCGUCAUUCGGCGCGUAUAUCGCGUCGCGAAACACGUGUUGUAACAGACAUUAAGAUAACGGAAUGCGCAUCACGAAUUUGAUCAUGAUUCCAAGCAAGAAGAGGAUCGCUGGCUCUUUCAAGACACUUAGCCACACACGUUAAUGCGCCACAAAGUUGUUCCCAAAUAACAAAGAUCCAGACGACGACACGUGUCUCGGAAGCCUUUACAGUGUCGUUUAAACACCAUAAAUCACGGGGUCGUUCGCCUGGAUCAAACAGCACGCGAAGGGCUCGUAAAAGCGUAUCGGGUGCGUCGAUGUAUAAUCAGCAACCAAUCACGUGUCUUCGUCGCGUUUAAUGGUAAAACGCUGUGUGUUGAGCUCAGUUUUGUGACGAGUUAGGACAUCGACGAUAACGUUUCUGGUUAAUACAUCACGCAUGAAUGUCAACUCAAACGUACUAACCAGCGUAUUCCUUUUUUCUUAUGAGGGCGAAGAUACAUGUACUCGCGACUUCGUCGUGGAAAUACGACGGCGCGAUAGUCACACAGUUUGAUAGUAGGACAGAUUGACAAUAGGAUAGCGAUAGACAGUGAGAUAACGCGAAAGUAUUUAUUUCGUGGAUGAACGGUUGGUUUGAACGGAAAGCUGCCUUUGUUCCGAGGCUUUGAUUCUGAACGAUACAAAAAGUUCCUUUCGAAAAUCUCAAAAAAGCCCAGGCUUUAAUAUUAUUAUAUUAUAUAACGUUACAUUAUUAUUAUUAUUAUUAUAUAUUUAGCAUUCCACAUUUGUGAAAUUCCAGUAUGAAUAUAGUUAUAGAAAUUUAAUUUCCGAAGAUUGCUUCGGGACAUUCGUUUGUGCAAUAAAGUAAGUAAAAUUUAUCUUUUUGUUACACGUAUGAAAGCGAGAUAUUCUGUAUCGUUCGGCUUCUAAUCGCUCGGACGCGCGCGAGAGUUAUGGAUCUCCGCGUGCUCUCGCACACAUCGCGAAUGAUUACUCGCGAUAUGUAUUUGCACCACUGAAUGAGUUCGUGUACACGUGCCUAGGUGAUGAUACGCGGCGCAUGGUCGCUUUCUCUUCCCUUUUUUUCUCGGAAGUCACGUCGGUGUCUUCCACGAUCCCGAUCGACAUGAUCCGGGCACGGAGAACAAAUAUUUUGUACUACGAAGCUUGUUCAGAGAUCGCCAACGGUGGCAUCACUUCGUGCUUCAUAUUCUUGAUUUACAUGCGAGCAAUCGCGUAAUUCGUCACGGUGGGCGGUAGGACUUUGGGACCUUGAUACUACCUGCAUAUGCAUAUAGCACGAGUUAAACACAUAAACAACAUAACAUCAUUAUAUCAGUCAACAGAUACGAAAGUGAUGCCACUGGAAAUAAAAGUAGUUUCCGCUAGAAAAGACGAGAGGACGUGACACCGCGGGACCAUGUGUGUCGUGUACUUCAUUAUAUGGUGGUAAGACAAAUCCGAUUAUUACGAGUCAUGUUUAGGUAUCGGAUUGAUGUCAAACUAAUACAUUUUUGGUUGCGUUGCGUUACGUUAUCGUCAAACUUAGCGAACAACGUCGUUAGCGCGAAGUCAAUGUUUUUUUAAGUCUAAAAUAAUGUGAACCGUUGAGUUUGUUAGAUCUUUAAUUUCACCAAUCAGUCCACGAGAAUGUUAUGACAUACAAGUACAAGCGCCGAGAAGCGCAAGAAAAUGUAUCCGCAUACCUAAACCAACAGAGAAGUUACAGAUGGAGAUAAUACUUUCGUUCUUUUUUUGUACAGUUGUCACGUGUAUAUGUACCCUAGAUUACGUUUAUCGUUUUAACAUAGACUUAAUCACGAUAUACCAGGACCAUAAGAUCAUCACAAUGAUAAAACUCGAAUUCAAAAUAUAUUUUAUUCAAUACCAAGUA